AUGAUAAUCUCUGUCACGUGUCUGUUAAUUACCUUGGUAACCUAUUUCUUGUUCAAUGAACUUCGCACACAGCCAGACAUUAACAACUUGGGACAAGUGAUCAGUCUAAUAAUCACACAGGUUUUAUUUCAGUUUGGCAAGGAACAACACGCUUAUGUUCCUUCUUCUGCAUGUGCGCUCAUCGGGGCGCUGAGGCAUUUCUUCUGGCUUCUCGUAAUCUUCCCGAUGAACGUCUGUUGUUGGCACAUGUUCCGCCCGUUGACCAACAUGCCAGCUAAGUCAUUCAAACAAAGCUAUGUUUUGAAAACAUGCGUAUACACUGUAUACGCCGUUGUUGGAUCGCUGCUAUUUGAAGCAAUCAACAUUAUCGUGACCGUCGUUUAUACAGAAAACGCCGAUGUAGGAUAUGGAGACGGCAGUUGCUACAUUUCUAUGCGGGUAAUGGUGGGAUAUACGUUUGCCUUACCCGUGUUUCUCAUAAUUCUAGCGAACCAUGUCAUGUUCUGCAUAGUUGUUUUCAAGAUGAAAAGGAACUCCACUGUUCAAAAUUCAGCCGAAUCAAAACGCAAUUAUUUAAAAAUAUUUGCAAAGCUUUCUACGUUGACCGGCCUUUCUUGGAUAUUUGGUUUCAUAUACACGUAUACGGAGAUUCCAGUGUUUGUAUAUUUGUUUAUCAUUUUAUCUAAUGGGCAAGGCGUUUUUAUAUUCAUAUCAUUUGUCGGCAGCAAGCGUGUGUUAAACUUAUACAAAAUAAAAUAUGUGCCCAGUCAUUGGAGAGAAGAGAUAUACAAUUGGCGUCAUUAUCUACACGAACAGAACGCAUUUCAAAGAUUAUAA